AUGUACGGCACUGGCACUGGCCCCCAGACGGGCGUGUCUACUCCUAGAUCCUCAGCUUCUCUCCGGCCACUCACCCUCACCCAUGGAUCCCUCGACACUUCCUUCCUCGUCCCGACAGGUCUCCACUUCCACGCUUCGCAACUGAGAGACCGCUUCACCGCCGGCCUUCCCACGCCUACGGACGAAUUGGCCCAAGAUGACGAACCGUCGUCGGUAGCUGAGCUUGUCGCGAGAUACAUGGGCUAUGUCGCCCACGAGGUUGACGAGGGCGAAGAUGAUGCCCAGGGGUCGUACGAGGAACUUCUAAAGCUUGUCCUCAACGAGUUCGAGCGCAUGUUUCUCAGAGGCAACGACGUCCAUGCUCUAGCAAAGAACUUGCCCGGCAUUCUUCAGAAGCAGGUUGCCGUGGUUCGAUGCUACUACGCAGCCCGGUCCGUCGCACAUCGUGCCAUCCGGCCUCACGAGUCGGCGUUGAUGAGGGCUGCUGACGAUGAGGAAGCGUUCAUUUACAACAUUUUCGGCGGCCAGGGUAAUAUCGUCGAGUACUUCGAUGAGCUUCGUGAAGUGUAUGAGACGUACCCUUCAUUCGUGGGCGGGCUUGUGACAGCAUCCGCCGAGCUGCUGCAGAAUCUUGCGACAGACCCCAGAGCCCUGAAGUUGUACGCCAAGGGUCUGGAUAUAAUGGAAUGGCUGCAAUCUCCUGAUACUACUCCGGAUGCCGACUACCUCAUUUCUGCACCGGUCAGUUUGCCAUUGAUUGGUCUAGUGCAGCUUUGCCACUACCAGAUACUCGCAAAGGGCCUCGGUGUACACCCUGGACUACUCAGAGAGCGCAUCCGUGGUGCUACGGGCCACUCCCAGGGGAUCGUUGUUGCGGCAGCCACGGCCGCUGCAGAUUCUUGGGACUCGUACGAGAGAUAUGCCAGUAAUGCAAUCACCAUUCUUUUCUGGAUCGGCGCUCGCAGUCAACAGGUGUUCCCCACGACGUCUUUGACUCCUGGUAUGCUGAGGGACUCGAUAGACAAUGGCGAGGGUGACCCAACACCGAUGUUGAGUAUCCGAGACUUGCCUGAGAGCGAGGUGCAAAAGCAUAUCGAUGCGACAAAUCAGUACCUCCCUGCAGAUCGUCACAUUGCCAUCUCGCUGGUCAAUAGUCCCCGGAACAUGGUUGUGACGGGCCCGCCUAUUUCUCUGUAUGGUCUCAAUCUACAGCUACGGAAGGUCAAGGCCCCUACCGGCUUGGACCAAGCCAAGAUACCGCACACUCAGCGCAAGAUCCGAUUCGUCAACCGCUUCUUGCCUAUCACUGCCCCCUUCCACAGCAAGUAUCUCGCAGAGGCGACCAAACUGAUCGAUGAGGAUCUCAAGAACAUCAAGAUCGACGCAUCAGCCUUGGGCUUCGCUGUCUAUAACACGUGCAAUGGAGCGGACCUCAGGGAUGAGGUCACUGGCGACAUUGUGCCAUCCCUGAUCCGUAUGAUUACAAGAGACCCCGUUCAAUGGGAGAAGGCAACUGUCUUCCCCGAUGCUACUCAUGUCCUGGACUUCGGCCCAGGUGGUAUCUCCGGCCUCGGUAUCUUAACGAGCCGCAACAAGGAGGGUACAGGCGUGCGUGUCAUCCUUGCCGGAACCAUUGACGGUUCUGCACAAGAAGUUGGAUACAAGUCCGAACUUUUCGAUCGAGACGAAGAAGAUGCUGUGGUCUAUGCCAUCGACUGGGUAAAGGAAUACGGCCCUCGUCUAGUCAAGACUUCCAGCGGUGAGACCUACGUCGACACCAAGAUGAGUAGAUUGCUCGGUGUGCCGCCGAUCAUGGUUGCUGGUAUGACUCCCUGCACCGUGCCGUGGGACUUUGUCGCUGCGACUAUGAACGCUGGGUACCAAAUUGAGUUGGCUGGCGGUGGUUACUAUAAUGGUAAAACCAUGACCGAAGCCCUAGCCAAAAUUGAAGAAAACAUACCUGCAGGCCGCGGUAUUACCAUCAACCUGAUCUACGUCAAUCCUCGCGCCAUGGGAUGGCAGAUUCCCCUUAUCGGCCGACUGCGCUCUGAGGGCAUCCCGAUUGAAGGUCUCACUAUUGGCGCGGGUGUCCCGUCUAUCGAGGUUGCGCAGGAAUACAUCGAAACCCUGGGGCUCAAGCAUAUCGCAUUCAAGCCAGGCUCCAUGGAAUCUAUACAGGCUGUCAUCAAUAUCGCGAAGGCCAACCCAACUUUCCCCGUGUUCCUCCAAUGGACUGGUGGUCGUGGCGGCGGACAUCACUCCUACGAAGAUUUCCACCAACCCAUUCUGCAGAUGUAUGGUCGUAUCCGACGAUCGGACAACAUCGUACUGGUCGCUGGAAGUGGGUUCGGUGGUGCCGAAGACACUUACCCAUACCUGACGGGUGACUGGUCGAAGAAGUACGGAUACCCACCCAUGCCUUUUGACGGCUGCUUGUUUGGCAGCCGCAUGAUGGUUGCCAAGGAGGCGCACACCAGCAAGAGCGCCAAAAAGGCUAUCGUCGACGCCGAAGGACUGGCAGAUGACAAAUGGGAGAAGACUUACAAGGGUCCGGCGGGCGGUGUUAUCACUGUCCGGUCAGAGAUGGGGGAGCCCAUUCACAAACUUGCCACCCGCGGUGUUCUAUUCUGGGCCGAGAUGGACCAGAAGAUUUUCAGCCUACCCAAGGAGAAGCGCGUCGCCGCACUCAAGCAGAGCCGCGAAUAUAUCAUCAAGAAGUUGAACGAUGAUUUCCAGAAGGUCUGGUUUGGGCGGAACAAGGCUGGCCAGACAGUAGACCUUGAGGACAUGACCUACGAUGAGGUUGUGCGUCGCAUGGUCGAGCUUCUUUACGUCAAGCAUGAGUCGCGUUGGAUUGACCCAUCUUAUAGAAAGCUGACAGGCGAUUUCAUUCAUCGUCUCGAGGAACGAUUCACUUCUGGCCACACCAGCCCUUCGCUCCUCCAGAACUACUCGGAUCUCGACGAGCCUUUCGUUACAGUCGACAAGAUUUUCUCUCGUUAUCCCAAGGCCGACACACAGAUCAUCAAUGCCCAAGACGUCCAGCAUUUCUUGCUUCUCUGUCAACGUCGUGGUCAGAAACCCGUCACCUUCGUUCCGUCUUUGGAUGAAAGCUUCGAGUUCUUUUUCAAGAAAGAUUCACUGUGGCAGUCCGAAGAUCUUGAAGCAGUCAUUGAUCAAGAUGUCGGCCGAACCUGUAUCUUGCAGGGACCUAUGGCGGUCAAGUUCUCGACUAUUAUGGACGAGCCUAUCAAGGACAUCCUAGAUGGCAUUCACAACGCUCACAUCUCCAGCCUCACCAAAGAUGUGUAUGCCGGCAAAGAGAGCUCGAUCCCAGUCAUUGAGUAUUUCGGAGGCAAGCUGGUGGAGACUGAAGUGCCACUGAAUAUUGAAGGCCUCACCGUGUCCAAAGAUGCGCACAAGCACACCUACCGUCUGUCAUCGUCUGCAGGCGUCGCGCUGCCUUCCGUCGACAGCUGGCUGGCCCUUUUGGCUGGUCCGCGCCGAUCCUGGCGACAUGCACUAUUCAACUCCGAAGUCUUGGUCCAGGGGCAGAAGUACCAGACAAAUCCGAUGAGGCGUAUCUUCGCACCUGUUCGUGGUCUAUUCGUCGAGAUACUCCACCCGAACGAGCCAGCCAAAACGUCCAUCAUCGUUCGUGAACAGCCGCGACACAACCAAUAUGUCGACGUCAUUGAAGUCAAGUUUGAUGGGCGCAAGGAAAUCGUCGUCAACAUGAUCAAGGAUACUACUGCCCUUGGAAAACCAGUCUCGUUGCCCCUUCGAUUUGUCUACCGGCCCGAAGCUGGAUACGCACCUAUUCAUGAGGUAAUGGAAGGGCGCAAUGAUCAUAUUAAAGAGUUCUACUGGCGAGCCUGGUUUGGCGAUGAGGCGAUCAAUCUGGAUGCUCCCGUUACAAGUGUAUUCGACGGUGGACGCACCACAAUUACCAGCGGAGACAUCAACGACUUCGUGCAUGCCGUGGGCAACACUGGCGAGGCAUUUGUUGACCGUCCUGGCAAGGAGAUGUUCGCACCCAUGGACUUUGCCAUCGUCGUUGGAUGGAAGGCCAUCACAAAGCCUAUCUUCCCGCGCAUGAUCGAUGGUGAUCUUUUGAAGCUGGUGCAUUUGUCCAACGGCUUCCGAAUGAUGCCAGGCGCUGAGCCUCUCAAGAAAGGCGACGACGUCCAGGCAAAGGCACAGAUCAAUGGUGUCAUCAAUCAAGAGUCUGGGAAGAUGGUGGAAGUCACCGGCACCAUCUACCGGGGUGGGCAACCUGUCAUGGAGGUCACGUCGCAAUUUCUGUACCGCGGUGUCUACACAGACUUUAAAAACACCUUCCAACGCAGACUCGAAACGCCAAUGCAAGUUCACCUUGCUACUUCGAAGGAUGUCGCCGUAUUGCGUUCUAAGGACUGGUUCCAAGUUGAAAGGAACGAUAUAGAGUUACUUGGUCAGACCUUGACCUUCCGACUCCAAAGCUUCGUCAAGUUCAAGAACAGGACGACCUUCGCGAAUGUUGAGACAAGGGGUCAGGUGCUGAUCGAGCUCCCCACCAAGGAGAUCAUCCAGAUUGCCAUUGUCGACUACGACGCAGGAGUCUCUCACGGCAACCCUGUUGUUGACUACCUUGCCCGUCAUGGAUCCUCUAUUGAGCAGCCCAUCGUUUUUGAGAACCCCAUUCCUCUGAGUGGCAGGACUCCUCUGAAAUUGAAGGCGCCUGCUUCCAACGAGAACUACGCCAAGGUCUCGGGUGACUACAACCCGAUCCAUGUUUCUCGUGUUUUCUCCAGCUAUGCCAACCUUCCUGGUACCAUCACCCACGGCAUGUACUCCAGCGCUGCUGUGCGAAGCCUGGUAGAGACAUGGGCUGCUGAGAACAACGUCGGCCGUGUUCGUAGCUUCCAUGCCUCGUUGGUCGGUAUGGUUCUACCCAAUGACGACAUCCAAGUUAAGCUUCAGCAUGUCGGCAUGGUGGGUGGCCGCAAGAUCAUCAAGGUUGAGGCAAGCAACAAGGAAACUGAAGACAAAGUUCUCCUUGGAGAAGCCGAAGUCGAACAGCCCAUUACGGCUUAUAUCUUCACCGGCCAGGGCUCCCAGGAGCAGGGCAUGGGUAUGGACUUGUACGGAACGAGUUCCGUGGCCAAAGAAGUCUGGGAUAGGGCCGACAAGUACCUCCUGGACACAUAUGGCUUUUCCAUCUUGAACAUCGUCAAGAACAACCCCAAGGAGCUCACUAUUCAUUUCGGUGGCCCUCGUGGCAAGGCCAUUCGGGACAACUACAUGCAGAUGAACUUCGAGACCAUCGCUGUGGACGGAUCUGUAAAGUCCGAACGCAUUUUCAAGGAGAUCGACGAGAGAACGACGUCGUACACGUACCGAUCGCCUACAGGCCUCCUUUCGGCUACGCAGUUCACCCAGCCUGCCCUCACUUUGAUGGAGAAGGCCAGUUUCGAAGACAUGAAUGCAAAGGGUCUCGUACCACGGGACAGCACUUUCGCCGGUCACUCGCUAGGCGAGUACUCGGCGCUCGCUGCUUUGGCAGACGUGCUACCUAUUGAGUCCUUGGUGUCUGUUGUCUUCUAUCGUGGCUUGACGAUGCAGGUCGCUGUGGAGCGCGACGCACAGGGUCGAUCAAACUACUCCAUGUGUGCCGUCAACCCCAGUCGCAUCUCGAAAACCUUUGGCGAGGAAGAGCUGCAAAUUGUCGUUAGCAAGAUUGCUGAAGUGACUGGUUGGCUUCUGGAGAUCGUCAACUACAACGUUGCAAACAUGCAAUAUGUUUGCGCCGGAGAUCUCCGCGCUCUCGAUACCCUCACCGGCGUUACGGACCAUCUGAAGUCGCAGAAGGUUGACAUCAGCGAGCUGCGCAAAAACCUCAAGCCCGAGGACAUGAAGGAGCGCCUAGUCAACAUGAUCAAUGAUAGCGCAAAGGAGACUAAGGCGAAGUCACGCCCGAUAAAUCUGAUAAGAGGGGCUGCUACCAUUCCCCUCAGAGGCAUCGACGUACCUUUCCACUCUACUUUCUUGCGAUCCGGUGUCAAGCCAUUCCGAAACAUAUUGCUGAAGAAGAUCCACAAGACGUCCAUCGACCCGUCUAAGCUCAUCGGGAAAUACAUUCCAAACGUCACUGCCCGCCCGUUUGAGCUCACCAAAGAAUACUUCCAGAAUGUGUAUGAACUGACCAAGUCGCCCAAGCUAGCGCAAAUCAUUCAGAACUGGGACAGCUAUCAAGAUGACACUAGCAGGGUUAAUCGCACUGCUCCUGCUAACGUGUCCGGCGCGCCAGAGGUCACUGUUAAUGGUGGCGGCCGCUGA